UUGGUGUUGCUGUGUUGGUUUUGCUGUGUUGGUGCAACAAACAAGAGAAGCAAUUAGAGUUUAGAGAGCUUCUCCUAUUUCCUCUUUCCAUUCACUCGUCAUUACUCAUAAUUAUUAAUUUAUUGAGGAAUCAGUUCCUGCAUUUAGCUUUGUACUGCUAAUAAGAAGCAGUUGAGAUGAGUGGCAUAACAGGAGUAUGUUCCCGAUUAAUGGGAGAGUUCCUGCAUGCGCUGGGAGGCGGACACAUACGACCAACUUCAGCAGCUCACGUUGAUCCCACUGACCCCAUGGCUCACAACUCACAAGCACCAGGUCAUGAGUUGAUGCUCCGGGCUCUCACUGCUGUGUUCGGCAUGGACCAAAGCAACGGCAGAAUAAACAAGAAGAAGGCCCGUCAAGUGGUGGAGAAGCUUGGCCUGGUUGAUCACACCGGGGAGGAUGAGCAACUCGAUGCUAGCUUUGACCUGGCCGCUGGUGCUGGUGGUGAUGGGUUGGAAGAGGAAGUAUCGGUGGAGGAGGUGCUACUGAUGGAAGAAGAAGAAGAUGGGUCCAAGAGGAAUGAGCUGCUACGGCAAGCCUUUAAAAUAUUUGACGAGGAUGGCAACGGAUUUAUUGACGCAGUAGAGCUGAAGAGGGUGCUGCAAUGCUUGGGGUUGGACAAUGGGUGGGAUAUGGCUCAGAUUGAGAAGAUGCUCAAAGUUGUCGACUUGAACCUGGAUGGAAAGGUCGAUUUUACCGAGUUUGAAUUGAUGAUGAAGGAGGCUGCUGCUGGCCUUAAUUAAUUAAAUCACUUCUUAAUUACUCCA